CCGAGCCGGAGUUUGUGUCAGGUGCGGACUGCAAGUGCGGCGUGAAAGGACCCAUUGCCUUGCAGCCGUCCAGCCGCCGGAACCAGGAUGACCGGCUAUCGUUAGAGUUAAAGAAGCCGCAAGGUUUGCGAAGGUUUUCUCUCGUCACCGAGGAAGCCCAAGAGAAAAGACCAUGAAGACGCUUCCUCUGAGAUGCUGUUGCUGGCUGCUGUUAUUGGCUCUCUGCGCCAUAAGUCGAGGGGAGAAGGCAGGGGCAAGCAAUGGAGACGGUCAAGCUGCAAACACACCUGUAGGGACGCUGCCUCGCUUCCAGAUUGAACCAGAGGAUUCCUACAUUGUGAAGAACGACCCCAUUAAGCUGCGUUGCAAAGCCAUGCCUGCCAUGCAGAUCUUCUUCAAGUGCAACGGCGACUGGGUGCAUCAGGACGAACACAUGCUGGAGGAGGACGUGGAUGAGCUGACAGGGCUGGAUGUUCGGGAGGUCCUGAUCAACAUAUCACGCCAGCAAGUGGAGGAUUUCCAUGGCCCGGAAGAUUACUGGUGCCUCUGCGUGGCCUGGAGUGAGCUGGGGACGACAAAAAGUAGAAAGGCGACUGUCCGGAUAGCAUAUCUGAGGAAGAAUUUUGAGCAAGAUCCACAAGCAAAAGAAGUACCUUUGGAAGGGAAGAUUAUUCUGCACUGUCGUCCUCCUGAGGGAGUUCCAACUGCCAAGGUCGAAUGGUUGAAGAACGAAGAGGCGAUUGAUCCUCAGCACGACCCCAAUGUUUACACGACCGCAGAGCACAGUCUGGUCAUCGAGCAAGCACACCUCUCCGAUUCAGGCAACUACACCUGCAUUGCCUCCAACGUGGUUGCCCGGCGACGGAGUACUGUCGCCACACUGACGGUGUUUGUCAAUGGUGCCUGGUCCUCUUGGACAGAAUGGUCAUCUUGUAGCAUCCACUGCGGCCGAGGGUGGCAGAAACGAACCCGUACCUGCACCAACCCAGCACCACUCAACGGGGGAACCUUCUGUGAUGGGACCUCAGUCCAGAAGAUUGUCUGCUCCUCUCUUUGCCCAGUGGACGGAGGCUGGGAGCCCUGGAACAGAUGGUCAGCAUGCUCCCCCGAGUGUGAACACCAGAGGGUCCGGGCAUGCGUGGCUCCUGAGCCGAGGUACGGCGGAAAGUUCUGCGAGGGACUGGGGCAGGAGUCGGAGAACUGUACAGAAGGCCUGUGCGUUCAGAACCAGCCACCAGUGCAGGAGGUGCAACCUCAAAGUAUCGAGAUCAACAGUGAUGUGGCAUUAUACUCCGGGCUCGGGGCAGCAGUGAUCGCAGUCACAAUGCUUGUGGUGGGCAUCACUCUGUAUCGGAGAAGUCAAAGUGAAUAUGGUGUUGAUGUUAUCGACUCUUCGGCCCUUACUGGUGGUUUCCAGUCCUUCAAUUUCAAAACAGUCAGGCAGGGAAAUUCCCUGCUUCUGAACCCAUCGAUGCAGCAGGACUUAACAGUGAGCAGGACCUAUAGCGGGCCGAUCUGUUUCCAGGAACCAAUGGACAAGGAACUCAUGACCCAGUCACCCCUCUUUGACUCUCUGCCGGGGAUCAAGGUUAAAGUGCAAAGCUCAUUAAUGGUUUCCCUCGGAGUUGCAGACGGAGUAGAGUAUCAGGGAAGGGUACCAUCCCGGACUUACCCGCGCAACAGCCGGGUUGUUGACAAAUUGCACGCAAGGAGCAAUGCAUCGAGCUCUCAGCAUCUCCCUGGCGCUUUCCCGAGGGCCGAGGACAGGACGAGCAGUAUUUUUGGGUGCCUCGGAGGAUGCUUGGUGGGACCAUCCAAAGGAGUCCGUUUAAUGGUUCCUUUGGGAUCAAUUCCUGAGGGGAAUUCAUGGGAAAUGUACAUUGCGGUCAAUCAAGGUGAAAGUAGUCUACAGCCUGAAGGAGCAGAGAUUCUCCUGAGUCCGGAGGUGACCUGUGGACCGCCUGGUUUAGCCUUGUCCAGUCCAGUUGCUCUGACGAUCCCUCACUGUGCGGUGGUGUGUCCAGACCACUGGAGCAUAAAGCUGAAGAGACAGGUCCUGGCAGGAAAGUGGGAGGAAGUGAUGUCGCUUGAAGAUGAGACCACAUCCUGUUACUGCCUGCUAGACCCUCACUCCUGCCACAUCCUACUGGAACAACUUGGAACCUACGCCCUGGUGGGUGAGGCCCUCACCGGCUGUGCUGAGAAAAGGCUGAAGCUUGCCGUGUUUGGGCACUUGUCCUGCAGCUCCCUGGAAUACAACUUCCGAGUGUAUUGCAUGGAUGACAUUCCAAGUGAUCUACAGGAGGUGAUGACAGAAGAGAGGAACCAGGGAGGGCACCUGUUGGAUGAGCCCAGAACAAUACAUUUCAAAGCGAACUCAUAUGGCCUUCAAAUCUCCCUACUCGACAUACCCCAGUUCCUGUGGAGAGUAAAACCACUGACGCUGUUUCAGCAGGAAAUUGCCUUUUCCCAAAUAUGGAGCAGGAAGCAGCAGCCUCUGCCAUGUGCCUUCAGAGUGGAAAGAUUCAACUCAGCAACAACCCAGCUCUCCUGUAGGAUCUGUGUCCGACAGCUCAAAGGCAACGAGCAGACCUUUCACAUCAAUACCUCCAUCCUUGAGGGCGAGAGAGAAGCUGUUCACCUCUGCACACAGUUUGCAAGUGGUGUGACCAAUGUAACAGGCCCCAAACCGUUUAAGAUUCCAUAUUCCAUCAGGCAGAAAAUCUGUUCCACGUUCGACAUUCCCAGUGCAACAGGCAAGGACUGGCGGCUGUUAGCACAGAAACUGCAUAUUGACAGGAACCUGAGCUACUUUGCAAUAAAGAGCAGCCCAGCCAGCAUCAUCUUGGAUAUCUGGGAGGCCCAGCAUCAGAACGACAGGGACCUUGACUCCUUAGCCAGCGCCCUGGAAGAGAUAGGCAGGAUCCAGUGUCCCAGCUCAAACACGCCCGAAGGUGACGGCGACGAGGCAGACUACAACUACGGCGGAUGAAGUCGACCCAUGUGCGGCCGAGCCCGGCUGCCCAUCGGUUCAGCUCCCUCCCUUCCCUCUGAGCAAGCACUGCUCAGUCACAAUAUAGGAAAGAUUUCUCAGGAAAUGCUAAAGGUUUACUGUCCAAAUCUUUGGAUGUGUAUGUAAAUAGAAUUUAUUUGUAAAUAAAAACCGGUAGGGGUGCACCAAUUAUAAAUGAUUAGAGGAACCAGUCCUCAGUUCGUUUGGCCCAUUAAAAUAGAUGCACAUAUUUCAACUGGUCCUCAGGUCUCUCUGCCCAAUAUUACUCCACGGGGUGACCCAGCACAAGUCUCAUAAGCUGGUAAGGAGCUGCCACUCUGUGCUUGCCUGGAGGAGUGUGGUGCCAACUGCCUUCAGAACAUGAGAACAUCCAAGAAAAGCAGCCUCUUUGGCUAGCAGCACCAUCCCAACUAUUCAAAGUCAAAGCCGAGGUUAUUGUCAGAUCCAUGUUCAUGUAUGGACAGGUGCAAUCAAAAACUUGCAAGAGCCCAAGAGUCUCACAGGCCCAUUGCAUCGUCAAAGCAACGUUCACAAGAAAACCAUAAAUGAAAAAUAAAUUCUACACGAUUUUUUUACAGGAAAGAACAUAGUUAGAACAAAAAUUAAUGUCCAUGUUGUUGCUAAAAUGUAGUGAGUGGGGCUGUGCCUGUUGGUUCAAGAGCCGAAUGGUUGAAGGGAAGUACUGCAGCUCUUCCUGAACCUGGUGGUGUGGGACCACAGGCUUCUGCCUGACGGUGACUGUGAGAGGAUGCCAUGGUCCGGUGGUGUGGACCUUUGAUGAAAGAUGGUGGCUUCACUCCUCCAUCACUUGUUGCAGUGUGCUCCAUCUACGCAGUACACCAUGGUGGGGAACGUCAGGAGAAACUUCUCCAUUCAGAGGGUGGUGAGAGUGUGGGACGAGCUGCCAGCGCCACUGGUGCACGCGAGCUCGAUUUCAACAUUUAAGAGCAGUUGAUGGUAGGGGUAUGGAGAGCUACGGUCUCGGUGCAGGUCGAUGGGAGUAGGCAGUUUAAAUGGUUCAGCAUAAACUAAAUGGGCCAAAGGGCCUGUUUCGGUGCUGUACUUUUCUUCAUGGUUACCAGCGUAGCCUACCCUGACAGCACCAGCCUAACCCCCCGACUUCUACCACCUGGGAGGACCAAGGCAUGUGGAGGAUGCACAUGAGAACACCAACAUAGACACCUUCACAGGUUGGUUUGGAAGUGUAUAACCUUUACUUUAUUGUCACUCAGUCAGAAUCCUGGAAACCUCCAAGCAUUAGCACCUUGAGACUAUGCUCAUACAUGGAUUCUCAAAGACAGCUCAGUUCCACCUUCACAAGAGCGGUCAAGGUUGAGCCAUAUAUGCUGGCCUUGCCUGUGGGACCAUAUCCUGUAUAUAAAUAUUAUUUUUCAGUAAUACGUUUAUUUACUCAGAAUAUUUAUCCAGAAGUGUCUCUUCUCACCAUUUCCUAAGCCCCCGUCUUCUUGUUCCUCCCUAAAGGGAAUGAGGAAUAGCCCGUUGAUUCCGAUCAGAAUAAAACAUCUCUGUACUUUCCCAAGAAAGUGGAGUUGAUGCUUUACCAGUGGGGGACGCCCCUCACUAUUGACCUGUAGUUGUAAAGGACUCUGGUGGUGAUGGAUGCUUUGGAAUGAACCCAUCUCCCAUUGCAAUAACUAGGCAUCUACACAUCAGAUGAGCCUGAAGUGAAAGGUGGGAGUUUCUGGAGAGGUUCAGAUUCAGAUUAAUUUAUUUAUCUCUCUCUCUGUCUGGCUAUCCAUCCCGUAGGAUGAUGAUGGUUCCUUUCAGUCAGUUAGUGGGGUGGUACCCCACUCCUCAGAAAGGAACAGUGUGUGCGUGAGUGGAUUUUAGGUGAGUAGGGGGUUGCACAGGUCCAGACCCACCGUCUAGACAUCCCCUCCCAGAUCCAGCGGCAUGGUGGGGUCCAAGACAGCUGGGGGAAGUUCUGUUGCAGUGAAUGGCCAGACCAAGCUUCGAUGCAGGGAAUGCCCUUUCUGCCCUUCACGGCAUGUGUUUGCUAGAUGGCCGUUGGCCCUACGAGAGGGUUCAUCCACCCUUUGACAGGUCUUGUUUUUUGUCCUGCAGGGUGUCUAGCCACCCUCCUCACCGGGCAAGCCUGAUGGGGGAGCCGGUUUAGGCGCCGACCACCCGACCAUGCGACAGGUAGUACUGGGUUACAUGGUACCAGUAGCACUCAGACCAGUGACCUGACAUUUAUUUAUCACAUGUACAUUGAGAUGUACAGAGAAAUGCAUUGUUUCAUUAACAAACAACACAGCCUAAGGAUGUGCUGGAGGUAGCCUGAAAGUCUUAGAGAGGACUGAGGAACAAAUUUUUCAUCCAGAUGGUGGUUAGAACCUGGAAUGCUCUGGUGGAAACAGAGACUGUUACAACAUUUAACUAGUAUCUAGACCAGAGGUUCCCAACCUUUUUAAUGCCAUAGACCAUUACCAUUUACCAAGGUGUGGUCCAUUGAACCCCCCAGUCUAGACAAAGCAAGGAAAGUUACAGACGAAAUGGGAUCAGAAUAGAUUGGGAGUAGCAGAUAGGAUGGGCUGAAGGCCCUGUGUUGUAUGACUCUGUGAUUCUAACAUUAAUCAAGUACCCCAAGGUUGCAUUCAGUUUAUGUUGAAGCAUAAUGUUCAGUAAGCCAUUAGCCGAAGCUUUGAAAUAUGUAUUGAAGAUAUGCAACAGUAUUGUAAAGUCUGCUUUCUCCAGGUAUAGCAAGCUGUUCUCAGAGCCCAGUACCCUCCUAACCAAGGGUCCACUUAAAAGUAGUUACUGUAAAUGUCCUCCUACAGCAGAAUGGGGUUGAAAGGGAUAAUAAAUCAGCCAUGAUCGAAUGGCGGAGCGGAUUCGAUGGGCUGAAUGGCCUAAUUCUGCUCCUAUAUCUUAUGGUCUUUAAGGUCCCUGUUUCAUUUUACAAUACUGGGAAACACUUCUUUAAUACUCGAAACAUGCCUGUGUACAAGGCGUUGAUCUACAAGUUUCGCAAUCCCUCUUGUAAUAUUUCGUUAAGAUUCCCGUCCAUCCAAGACACCGAAGACAGUGGAACAGGGUGGGAUGCCCACUUCAAUUAAGCUAAUCUUGAGGCCUUCAUUUUCAUGUCAAGUGCUUAUUUAAUUAGAAGGCAAAGUAAUUGUUGCACCUUUAUAACGAAGUAAAUGUUCCAUUCUCCUCUCGCUCCUGAAUAGCGUCUUGUUCACAUACACCUGCCGCAUAUGUUCUUGCUGCAUCCUUGAUGGAUUUUGUAAGCUAUUUACUAAUGUCUCCGUUCUGCCAGCAACCAGCAAAGACCGGUUUCCCUUGAAAUCCACAUUUUAACAAAUUGGUGGAUCCUUGUGUGUUUAUUUUUGCGUACAAAUCAUUAAA